AUGUUGUCCAGAUCAGUCGGUCUUCGUGCCGCCUCUCGCAUGUCCAAGAGAUUCCAGUCGCAUGCCAGCCAUGCCACUGAGACUGUCAAGUCUGCUCCUUUCAACAACAAGUACAACUUCAACAUCAACCCUCCUCCAAUCCACCUGUACUGGAACGCUAAGAACUCUUUCAUUCUUUUCGCUUUCGCUCCUAUCUUUGUUGCUUUCGGUUACUUGGGUAAGUACACUGGAUCUAACAUGCCAGGCCUUGAAGGUAUUUUGGAGUUUGCUGACUCUGAAAAGUCUCCAAUGAAGGAGCUUAAAUUCGGAGAGCCUCAAUUGAGAAAGUAG